CCAUAAUUUCUUUACCCACAGCUUAUGGUAAUCUGAGUAGCUACAUGUAGGGAAGAGAUGUGCAUGCUAUUUCCUUUAUAAACCAUUGCAUUUUGGGAGCUACACAAGAUGCGGGGACUGUCCGCAUUACGAGUUAUUGCCCCUGUUAAGAGCGUCGUCCGGAGUUGCGUGUUAAUCCCAGUGAAUAAGACAGGACGUGUACACAUACAGUGUUUGUCCACCAAAAUGCCGACCCUUUCACCACCGCCCCAGAGUCUGAUGAAGCCAAUGGAUUUUCCACAGAAACUGUUGAUGGGACCAGGGCCUUCUAAUUGCCCUCCACGUGUACUGAAUGCCUCUGCAUUACCGCUGCUCGGGCACCUGCACCCCGAAUUUACUCAGAUAAUGGAUGAAGUUAAAGCAGGUAUCCAGUAUGCAUUUCAGACCAAAAAUCAGUGGACAGUGUGUGUUUCUGGAACAGGUCAUGGUGCUAUGGAGGCCGCCUGCACCAAUCUGUUAGAGCCCGGUGAGACCGUCCUGGUGUGUGAGAAUGGACUGUGGGGGCAGAGGUUUGCGGACAUGUGUACUCGAAAUGGUGCUGUCGUCCAGAAAAUCAUAAAGCCAAUGGGACAAGUGUUUACACUACAGGAUGUGGAGGCAGGACUGCAGCAGCAUAAGCCGGUGCUGGUGUUCGUGACCCACGGAGAAUCCUCGGGAUCCACCCUGCAGCCCCUGGAAGGGCUGGGGCAGCUCUGCCACAAAUAUAACAGUCUUCUGUUGGUGGACUCUGUGGCAGCUUGUGGUGGAGUACCUCUGUUUGUGGAUGACUGGGAGAUAGAUGCCAUUUACACAGGAGCUCAGAAAGUGUUGAGCGCACCCCCAGGGGCCAGUCCCGUAUCCUUUUCUGAGAGGGCCAAGAACAAGGUGCUGAAUCGUAAGACACCUAUCAGGUCAUACUACUUUGACAUGACACACCUGGCCAACUACUGGGGCUGUGAUGGCAGUGCUCGAAGGUACCACCAUACUGGUCCCAUAUCCAGCGUGUAUGCCAUCAGGGAGGGUCUGGCCAGGCUGGCAGAGGAGGGAUUAGAGAAGAGUUGGGAAACACACAGGAAGUGUGCUGAAAUGUUGUGGGAAGGAGCGGAAAAACUGGGAUUGGAGUUACUGGUCCAGGAAAAGGCCAACAGACUACCAUGUGUGACAGGCAUCAAAGUUCCAGAAGGGGUCAACUGGAAAGAUGUGUCAGAUUACGCCAUGAAGACAUAUAAAGUAGAGAUAUCUGGAGGUCUGGGAGCUCAGGCUGGAAAGAUUUGGCGAGUUGGAAUCAUGGGGUACAACGCUACACCAGAAAAUGUCCAGAAAGUAUUACGAGCUCUAGACGAGGGACUGAAGAGUGUCAGAGGUAAUCCCCGCUCCCAAUUGUAGGCCGCCAACUUGUUGUUGCUAGGGUACGACAGGUCACAUAAUUUAAGACCGUCACGAGGCAGCUGCAAGGACUGGUAUACAUGAUUGUGGUUCAAUCCCACUGCUAGCUACAGUAUUGUGAUAAUUAAUGUAUUACCUAUGUGAUAUGAUUGUACUGAUAUACAAUCAUGUAGAGUAAAUCUUUGAUCUGUAUAUUUUCCCCCCAAAUGACAGCUAGAGACUUCAUGCAUUUCAUUGAUGAAAUUUCUGUGUCUUAAAUUUGUUAAAAUCUGUUUUAUAUUAAACAGUAUCUUAUUUUAUGUACCAAUGUUGUUCAAUUCCCAAAUGUUCACUUGUUACAUACAAUAUUUAUACAAUAGAUGUACAUAUCCAGAAUUCCAGAUUCAAUGUUAAUAACAUUUUUGUGUUGUUGCUUUUAUGAAUGUACAUUGAUUUUAUAAUUUUUUACUUUUAAUUAUGUACACGUACAAUGUAUUUUUGUAACCAAUCCAUUAAAUCAACACUGAUUGGGAGGUCAAGGUUACCAUAGCAAUAACCUCUGCCCUGUUGACCUAUAAGUUCAUUGGGUAAGACUUCAGAUAUUUCCUUCAGUUUGUUACUAACUUUUUCUGCGGGAGCUUUUUUACAGCAUGUAAAGUUCAUUUUGCUGUUUGUUGAGUUUGAAUUCAAGUUUGUGUUUUCUUUUCAAUUGUUACUUUUGCUACUUUUGAAGGUUAGGAGGUGAAUGCAAUUUUAUGAAAAUGUUUUCAGAUAAUUUUGAUGAAUUUUAAAUUUCAAAAUGCAAGAGGUUUUUAUUUUACUGUGCAAAGAUGUUAUCAGUAAAUUAACUAAUGUUUUGAGGAACUAUUGAUCACCAAACCUGACUGAAUGACUUGAUGUAGGCAUUAAAACUUGUGGUUGAUUUACUACGAACAUAUGUAACACUGAGUUUUUAUGGCUUCAAGUUUAUCCCAUGUUUAAAAUUGUUGAUUAUCCAGAAAACAAAUUAUUAAUGAACAUGUACUGCAUGAGACAGAUUAUUAGUCCAGCCCUGUGCUACAGACAAUCAGAACCCGCUAGAACUGCAUGUACUGUUAUGAAGAUUUUGUAUUUGUGUGUCUGAAUGUAUAUAUAGAAUGAGGAACCAUUACCCCAUAUUUAAUUUCUUACAUUAUUUACAAACCUUGUAUUAAUUUUGAAUGACAUGGCAUGUACAAUGUAAACAAUAGUUGUAUUUUAAACACACCAUUGCCACAUUCAUAAGCAUUUCCCUUUUUA